ACCCUCCUGCCUUCAGCGGGCCACUCUGGUGCCUCACAAGAGUCUUAGGAGGGAGGUUAUUGCUGACCCUCUCACACUUUGGCAGGAGGGCACAAGACUCACCUCACCCAUGGUUGCCACGGUGGUGAGUGACUGCUAGCGCCCCCGAUGGCAGUUUGUGUGGCUGGAGCAAAGUAGGACAUCAGCCCAGGUGCUGAGUAGAGAUGGAGGUGUAAAAGGCUGGGUUGGGGGUGGGGUGGUGUUGGGGAAGGAAGAGGGGGGAGGGGGCGUAGGGCACUGAGUGAAACCAGCUCCCUACCGGGAAGGUUUGUCUCUGGAGAGGCCAGGCAGACUAUGAAGAAGAAGAAGAGGGCUGGGCCUGCGAAGGAGAGGAGGAGGCAGGAGAGGACAGGAGAGGAGGGCGGGGCUGCUCCGUAAAUCUGGCUGGAACUAUUUGGGGAGACGGAGACGGAGGCGGUGGCGGCUGCCGUUGCCCAGACUACGGCAGUGCCCCGUGCGGAGGCUACAGAGCCAUGUCCCCAGGACCGGCCACCCCUUACAUCGCCGAAACCCGCUAUCCUCUAGCCUAGUAGAGCUCAACCUGGCACCGACUGCAUGGUGCUUGACCCUGGCGUGCCUCGGAGGGGAAGCAGGGAUCCAGGCAAGUAGGAGAGCGCUCCGGGAGGUGCCUCCAAGGGAUUGGAGAGGGUGAACCGACCCAGGAUGGACGCCUUGCUUAAGCUGAUGCCCACGGCGCUUUUCUCACCGUCGAGCAACUCUUGGGUGCAGCGCCGGAGGAGAGAGGCUGUUUCUGUCUGCGAGAGGUGGACGCUGACUGAUGAUCGCCUGGGGUGAGAGCACAUCCUGUGCAGCCGAAGCUUUGGAAUAUAGUUCAUCAAAAGAAAUGGAAUCUAGAAGCUCACCAAAAGAAUUAUUAUUCACCAUAAUAUUUUUACUAGCACAUUUGCCACAUAGAAUAAUGUCUGAAACGGGAGAUUGUAGACAACAAGAAUUUAGGGAUCGCUCUGGAAACUGUGUCCCCUGCAAACAAUGUGGCCCAGGAAUGGAGCUGUCUAAGGAAUGUGGCUUUGGUUAUGGGGAGGAUGCACAGUGCAUGACAUGCAGGCCGCACAGAUUCAAGGAGGACUGGGGCUUUCAGAAAUGCAAAUCCUGUCUGGAUUGUGCUUUAGUGAAUCGAUUUCAGAAGGCCAACUGUUCUGUCACCAGUGAUGCCAUUUGUGGGGACUGCUUACCAGGAUUUUACAGGAAGACAAAGCUUGUUGGCUUUCAAGACAUGGAGUGUGUACCUUGUGGAGAUCCACCACCCCCAUAUGAGCCUCACUGUACAACCAAAGUAAACCUUGUGAAGAUACCAUCUACUGCCUCCAGUCCCCGAGACACGGCUCUGGCUGCUGUGAUCUGUAGCGCACUGGCCACUGUUCUGUUGGCCCUCCUCAUCCUUUGUGUGAUCUACUGUAAGAGGCAAUUUAUGGAGAAGAAGCCCCGCUGGUCUAUGAGAUCACAGGAUAUCCAGUACAAUGGGUCAGAGCUGUCAUGUUUUGACAGACCUCGGCUUAAUGACUAUCCUCAUAGAACUUGUUGUCAGUGCCAUCAAGAUUCAGCACAGACUUGUGGGCCAGUACACUUGAUUCCUUCAUUGUGCUGUGAUGAGACCUGUAGCAUGGAUCAUGGCACUCAUGGCUGUGCUCUCCACUCCAGGACUACCCUUCAUGAAAGGAAUGCAAGUUCAGUAGGAGAAAUGCUUCCAACAUUCUUUGGUUCCAUUUCCCACUCUACCUGUGGUGAUCUUUCAGAUGCCUGGCCACUCAUGCAGAAUCCAAUUUGCAGUGACACUCUCUCUCUUUCUGAAUCUUAUUUGGAACUGAAUGGAGGAGAGAGAAAUUCACUCAACCUGGAAACUGAAAACUCAGCCAUUUUGGAUUCAAACAGUAGCCAGGACCUGGUUGGUACAGUGGCUUCACUUCAAUCUCAUCCAGAAAACUUGGCAGAAACUACUGAAUGGUGUCCACAAAGCUUACUUACAGACCCACCACUAAAUCAGGAGUCUUUAACUUCUAAAAACCACUUAGAGCAAGAAAGUGAGGAUACCAUGAAUAUGGUCCCCCAGUCUUCCCUCGAGGAAGCCUAAAGGACUCGUUUCUACCAAGAAUGGAAGUGUACAUAACCCUAAUGCCACUCUGCUAACACUGGGGAACCGAACCCAGUCUGGACCUUGGAUGGUUUCUGACAAAGCUGAAUUGAACUGGCCGCAUUUCAAGUCUUUCAGCCAAUUGUGUCUGAGCCAGACCAGCUGGGAACUGAAACUCCAGGGCAUAACUUGAGAAAAGACUAAAGACAGAUUUCUGAUCCUUUGCCUCUCUUCCAAACAAGCAGUUGCUAUGCUACACAACUGACUGAAAGAACGAAAGGAUUGAUCUGGAAGCUAAGAAGAUAUUGUCCGUGUAACAGGAAGCAGAAAUGAGUUAGGAUUUAUGUUCCUCGGCCAAAUGACUGCACAAGACUGAAAAGAUGGGGCAUAUGUGGGCAUCCAUGUUUUGUUUUCAAAAACAAGCAGACAGUAAAUGGCAUCAUACUAGAGACAUCGACUUAAAUUGUUUAGUUUUGAUGGAGAAAGAAUUCAAGUGAGUUUUUCUACUUAUGCAGAGCCUCUUUUUUUUUUUUUUGGCUAGGCUAAACUCCAUAGCCCUGGUGGAUAGAGUGCUAAUGAGACCAAAGUCUCAGGGCUGAUUUCUACCCUGGCCAGUUAACUUCUCACAAAGACAAAUUCAUACAUAGACAGCAUCAACACUGAUAACCGGAUAUCUGACAAAAUGUGUGCUCAUGAUCAUAACGGAGAGUGCAACCGAGAGUCGAUGACUCAGUGUUAUCUAUCACCAUUACUGAAGAAAAAUAAAGUAACUUAAUGCAUACACUUGACCAGAAAUGAAUCACUUCUGUGUACAAAGGACAAGACAUGCACAUAAUAUUUUAAUGAGGAAACUUUUUAUUAUAUCUCUUUCCAAGGUUGAGCUUCCUUCCAAUGCUCAGAACUGUCAGUAUCAUAGCUAAACAGUAUUUCUAGGAGAAAGAGCUCUUAUUAAAGGAGGGCCUUUUCCAUUAAAGACCUCAUAAGUUGUAACGUAGCAGGUCCAACCAUCAUUAAAGUAUAGUGUGCUAUUGUUUGUAGCCAUCAGCAAAACUACAGUUUGUUAAAAGCAGAAGUGAAUUCAUAAUUCAGUAUUUCAAGUUGGUAGUAUGUGGUUACAAUCAAAGGGCUUCCUUGACCAGUACCAGUAUGUUGUGGUAUUGAAGCCUCUCUCUGUCCCCAUCAAAAUUACUAAUUGCCUGUAGGAAUAUAGGAGAGUUAUAAAGGCCUUUGCUCCAUUCCCUCUCACCUCUGGAUUUGUGCACUGGAUACUCUGAAGUGAUUUACAGGGGAGAAAAUAGCCCUGUCAAAGAGAAGUUAUAUGCCUGGCUUGUUUUGGGAAUGUAUUCCCUCUUCCUAUUACUGGGAGGAGAUUAAAUAGGGCUCCCUUUCUCAUUACUAGAGCCCACAGAAUCAAUCUUGCCCUGCGUCUUUUAACCAAUUCGCCUUGUUAACUCUUGGUCACAUUUGCACUUUUUAAAUUCAAUUUUACCAUAUGGACAUUGUCCCUUUUUUUCUGGGUCUUCUAUGUACUUAUGGUUUAAAGCUGACAUUCAUUUUCCCCCAGUCUUGUUCAAGUCCAUCUUUUCAAGCAGAUUUUCCCCUCAUUUUGUACACUAUGGUUUGACAAGAGUGGAAAAGGUACCGUGUCCUCUUCCCCUUAGCCUUACCUCUCUUCUGUCAAUGUGAGGUUGAGAUAAAUCUGUAUUAGCUUGCCUUGUUUGUUCUUCCAUCUCAUUACCUCACUUCUUUACAGCUGAAAUAGGAAAUUACAUGAUUUCUCAGAGUCUAUAAUCUUCUGUGUCUACUUUGUGGACAAACAAAAUUGAAUUUUUUUAAAGUGUAAAUAUUACUAUCAGGUAAGUCAAAUAUUUGCACCAGAGCAAUCUUAUAUGUUGCAGUAUUAAGAAAAGCAUUAUACUCACUAAAAAGAAUUUCCAAUAUGCAUUAUUGUGCAGGAUACUUUGCUAACCAAGAGCUAACAGCAAUACUGUUAGCAUGGCCAUAAGAAGGACCUUGGUUUUCAUGGACUACGUGUGGGAUAUUAUGAAAUUUGUCAUUGGCUCAAAAAUUGAAGCUCAUUUACUUAUAUAAACACCAUUGACCCUUAUGAGAAUCGUUUUCAGGAAAACCUCUUUCAUGGACAAUUUCCAUAGAUUAUUUAAAAAUAUCUUUGAAAAUGUAGUCAGAGUCUCACCACAAGCUGGUCAUAUUUCAUUUAGAUCAACAAAGAGAGUCUGAAAGAAAGGCAUAGUAAAGAAAGAGUAUCAAUUUUAAUGACUUACUGUAACUCAUAUAUAAAUGUCAUUAAUUCCAAGUGUUUCUCAUCUACUCAGAUAUUUAGAGAUGGAAGUCUUUAGAAAUCAAUUUGAUCCAACCUCCCCACUUUACAGGUGAGAAAACUGAUGCUCAGUGGCUUUAAGUAACUUGCCUAAGGUCACAAACCUAGCUAGUGGAGGUAAGACCAGAACCCAGGUCUCCUGGCACCCAAUUUAAUGUUUUUCUCCCUACGUCUGCUACUUGUGUUAUAACAAAAGGAGGAGGGGAACUGAUUGUUUUUUUUUAAAUCUGCACUCUUACUGACUUCAAACUCGACACCUACAAAAGAACACUCAGUGAUAUGAAUUAGACUUUGGCCUCUGAUCUCAAAAUAACACUUCUCAUCAGUGGAGAAAUACUUUGGGUAGCAGGCCAUUUCAUUAACACCUGCUGAAAAAAGCAUUCAAUAAUGUUCUGCUGACUCUCUAAGCUUGGUUAAUAUUUUAGAGAAAUUCAGUACACACUUCAGAUUCCUAAAGAUAUUAGUGGAAUUUUGCAUAGCAGUCAAAAAGUUGACCUUUCAGGGUGUGUGUGCCAAGGAACUAGGAUAAUUCAUGACUUAAAGCAUGUAGCCCAUUGGAGUUUGCAAUCCAUGUGAUCAUUUUGAUUCAACAGCAUUGUGGGUGUGCCAACAUGAAUCAGUUCUCAAGAGUUGAUUGUUAAAUGUUUUCAAUGUGAGCAUUUAUACCUUGGAAAUCAGCAUAUGCAACAAAUCAGGACUUGAUUUAUUGCUUUCUUGGUUGUCUAGACUUAAUAAAAUGAGGGAGAAAUGUUAAUAAUGCAGAUUAAACUUAAAAGUGUAACAUGCAAAUAUUUUUUUCUUUUCGAGAGCCGGUUGUUAAGCAUUUACUAGUAUACCGCUGAGCAGCAUUAUGUAUGAAAUUCAUUCAAAGAAUGAAGUAUCUAUUGAGAUCACUGAAUUAAAGCACAGAAUUCCCCCCUUUAAUGUAAAUUGUACAUAUUUUUUAAAAAAUAGAUUUUUUUUUCUACUUUAUAUUGCUAUUGUUUAUGUUGCUUAGGUGAAGCACUGUGAUCUGUGCCAGUAGAAAAUGUCCAGUGACACUUUAAGGGCAUCAGCUUGAAUGAAUUUAGGUUGCGUCAUUGCUAUUUUUGCAUAUGAGACAUUUUUAAAAAUUCUAUAAAUUAUAGUUUUCUUGUAUAAAUAGUUGUGUGAUGCUUUUUUAUUUGUGAAUAAAAUUGUUACUUAAAUUGUUCUUA